AAAACCAAUAAAAUAAUACUCUUACAGAGAGAGAAGGAGAGAUGGGUAUUCCUCUUCCUUUAUUAGCUUUUUUAUGUUGCACGCAUCCAUGGCAGAACAGAGAAGAAGAGUACAGACCUACUACUCCUAUACUAUCACUACAACGACGACGACGACAAAAUAGAGAAAGCAAGAAGUUGAUGAGGCUGGUUCUGCCUCUGGGCUGAGUGAAGAGAGAGAAACCAAAAAGAAAAAAAAAGAGAGAGAAGAAGAAGAAGAAGAAAGUCUGGAGAAAAAUCAAGAAGAAAUGGGUUUGCAUACAAGGAGAAGAGAUAGAGGAAGAUGAUGAUUAUAAUAGACUAGCUAGUUUUAUGUAAUGGGGGUUUGAAAAUUUGUGUUUUUUGAGUGAUAAUAGCUCAUAAAGUUGGAGUUUUUAUUUUUUUUGGGUGGUGGUGGAGCAAGAUCUGGUUUUGGUAUAAAAUUUGUUUGUUUUUAUAUUGUUUAGAUUUUUUGUUUUUGUGUAGAUGAGAGGUAUACCCUUUAAUAAUCUGGAGGGGUCUAAUAAGUUUGGAGUAAUUUCAUCAACAACAGCAGCAGCAGAAGCAGCUGAGAUUUCAUCACUGACUCAGUUCUACUGGAAAACCCAAGAAGAGGAAAUUAUCAGAGCUGGGAAUAGUUGUUUUUUUGGUACUGAGGUUGAGCCAACAUCUGUUCUGGAUACAAGGAGGAGUCCAGGUUCUUCAACAUCAACGCUGUCUGCUUCAUCCUUUGGUGGUGGUGGAGGUGGAGGAGGAGGAAUAGUACUAGUAGGAGGAGGAUUUGGAGGAGGUUCUACCGACAGAGCCAGCGUGGCGGCUGUUUCAGAUAACAACCCUCUACAAAAAUGGCCGACUACCACCACCAUUACAAACCAGGAGGAAAACUCAACACCAGCGGCCACACCUGAUGUAUCUGCAAGCUCCGGAAGCAGCUCCGGUGGUGGUGGUGGGAGUAGGAAAGAUGAAUGGGGUUCUGAACUUCAACCCAUUUCAUCAAAUCAUCAAGAGAUCGUUAGUAGCGGUGGUAGUGGUGGUGGAAUCAAUACUAUUAUCAGUGGAGGUGAAAAAUACGGAGGACUUGCAGUGGAUGAUUGGGAUAAUAUGUUAGAAACAGAUGCUUCUCCUUCGUUACUAAGAUGGAUCAUUGAUGAUGCUGAAGACCCUACUUCUUCAGCUGCUUUAUUACAAGGAGGAGGAGUUGCAGGAGUAAGUCAUCUUCAUGAUGCUUCUUCUGAUCAUCAUCAUGUAGGUACUUACAAUGCAGGUUUUGGAAUGGUCGAUCCAACAGCAGCAGCAGCUGCAGCUUUUGGGUUUGAAUCCAUUGGAGGUGGUAUUGGUGGUUAUAUAAACUUAUUAGGUGGUGGUGGUGGUGGUGGAGGUGGUGUUCCUGGUUCUGGGUUUUCUUCAGGAAGGAUGAAUUUUAAUAAUUCAAUCCAACAGCAACAGCAGCAGAAUCCUUCAGCUAAUUUCAAUACCACCAAAAUGGCAUCAUCACCUUGCUUUAACAACACUGGUAAUACCACUAAUCCUUUUACCGUUGCACCUAAUCAUAAUCUUCUGCCACCACCUGGGGCGUUUUAUCAUAAUAAUAAUAAUCAGCAGUUUGAGGAUGAAAAACCACAAUUAUACAAUCCACAAAUUAUGAUGAUGAACCAGAAUCAACAACACCUUAAGAAUAGUUCCACACCACCAUUCUUUGUUCCAUUGCCCUCUUAUCAGCAAGAUCAAAGUGGUUGUUUUCCUCCACCGAAACGCCACCAAGGAAUGGGAGGAAACCCAAGUAAUUGUCACCCAAUGCAGAAGAAUUCGUCGUUCAUGGAUUCAGGUCAAGAACAUUUGUUCCGUAAACAACAGCAUCAGCAACAACAAAAUGGGUUUCCUCAUCAGCUUCAUUUACUUCCCAAUCAUCUACAGCAAAGGCCACCUCCAGUAAUGCUGACAAAGCCGAAACUGGAUGAACACCAAAACCAACAACAGAACCGGCAGCAGCAGCAACAACAGCAGCAGCAGGCGUUGGUAGACCAACUCUUUAAGGCAGCUGAGUUGGUCGAAUCUGGAAACUCUGUACUCGCGCAAGGGAUAUUGGCGCGGCUCAAUCACCAGCUCUCCCACCCAAUUGGAAAGCCUCUCUACAGAGCAGCUUUCUAUUUCAAGGAGGCUCUCCUGCAACUGCUUAGUACACCUAAUUCUCCUCCACUCAAGAAUUUCUCACCUAUUGAUGUGGUUAUGAAGAUAGGUGCUUACAAGUCAUUCUCAGAGAUUUCUCCACUUUUGCAGUUCUCUAAUUUCACUCUCAACCAAGCUCUCCUUGAAUCCCUUGAUGGAUUUGAUCACAUUCACAUUAUCGAUUUUGAUAUUGGUAUCGGUGGACAGUGGGCUUCCUUUAUGCAGGAAAUUGCAAUGAAAAACGGUGGUGCACCUUCUCUCAAAAUCUCAGCUUUUGCUUCCUUUUCAUCAAAUGAUCAUCACAAACUUGAACUUGCUCUUACUAAAGAACACUUGACCCAUUUUGCUAAUGAUUUGGGUAUCUCGUUUGAGAUUGACAUUGUGGAUUUAGAUACCCUAGACCCAUCUUCUUGGUCUCUUCCAAUCCAUGUAUCAGAAAAAGAAACUGUAGCUGUGAAUCUACCAGUUGGGUCUUCAUGCAUUAACCCAUCUUCCAUUCCUGCACUACUUCGCCUCGUCAAGCAGCUUUCACCCAAAAUUGUUGUCUCUGUUGAUAGAGGAUGUGAUAGAAGUGAUUUACCAUUUUCUCAACAUUGUCUGCAAGCUCUUCAGGCUUAUUCGAUCUUGUUGGAUUCACUUGAUGCCACAAAUUCGAAUUCCGAAACUAUUAACAAGAUUGAGAGGUUCUUGGUUCAGCCAAGAAUUGAAAGCACAGUCUUCCAACGCCACCUUUGUCAUGAAAAAUUGCCACCAUGGAGGACUCUUUUUGCUUCAGCUGGAUUUUCUCCUGUAACUUUCAGUAAUUUCACGGAGACCCAAGCUGAGUGUUUAUUGAAAAGGCUACAAGGAAGAGGGUUUCAUGUAGAGAAACGACAGGCUUCACUUGUGCUUUGUUGGCAGAGGAGGGAGCUGGUAUUGGCAUCAGCUUGGAGAUGUUAAGAAGAACUUCUUUUUUGCAGCAGGAGGAGGAAUUCACAAGCAACACUUUCAUAAGGUGCCACAUAAUUUAUCGCUUUCGUACUCUUUAAUCUCAGCCGAAAGUUAUGUUGCUGACUACUAUUUCAUUUUCCCACUAGUUUGUGAAUUUCCUUGCCUAUGAUUCUCCUUUUUGCAGCUGUUUAUGUGGGUUUAUGGAGAAUCAUUAAAUUUCCUUAGUUAAAAAAAACAGUUUCAGAAACUGGGAGGGUUUAGUACACAGUCUUCCUUUCUGUUUUCUCUACUUAUCUUGAACAUGGGUAUUUACUGUUAUUACGUCUUGAUGUUGUACUUGAUUGUAGUUAAGGUGGUGAUGGUGGUGGUUUGUUGUAUACUUGACAACGAUUAACAGAAAAACGGGAAUGCAAAAGAAGGAUUUAACCCCCCUCAUUAACAUUU